ACCAAAUCGUCAAGGAGUUUCCGGAGAUUCCCUCUCGUUUGAUUCUGCGUCUGUUUCCAAGUCUAAUUCUUUUGAUUCAGAUUGAUAGGAGUUUCCAGAUUCUCAUAUAGUUGGCGAUUAGGAUGUUGAAGUACUGAUGCAUGCAAAGACGAGAGCAUGUUAUCAUUAUAAAGGGUGGAGCUUGUUACAUGAUGAGACAGAACAUACGUGGUGGGAGGGUUAAGUUAGAGCCUAUGGUGAUGCCUCAGUUUGAAUUUGACCACGCUGAGAAAGGAGAUGAUCUCUACGGUCAAGACAGAGUCAAAGAAUGGAGUAUUGGGAGUUUUCUUGUGUCACGGAGUGGAGGAAGUCUUGUAGUUUUCUGUCUUGUUGUCUUGUAGCGUUGGGAGUAAACUUGUAGUUUUCUGUCGUGGAGGAAGUCUUGUAGUU